UCAGCUUGAUUCAGAGCUUGAAUUAUUGUCAUUAUUCAUCGGUUAUUUCGCUAAAUGUAGAUUCAGUAGACGCCUGACUCCUCUUUAUUUGUCUAAAUGAUGCUGAGAGCACAUUAUCAUCAUCAGAAGGGGGUGUUCUCAUCAUAGUGUGUGUGUGUGUGUGUGUGUGUGUGUGUGUGUGUGUGUGUGUGUGUGUGUUUUCGCUGGAAAUCCCCCCGUUAGUCACAUUAAAAGGACUCAAACACCAGCUCUACAUCAUAUCAACGCUCGCCCUUGAGCCGUAGAGCCAGACGAGGACUUCAACUAUGUAGGCACAGAGGAGAGGCUGGACAGCGGCGGGUUUAAAUGGGCAAUCUGAUGGGCAGCUGGAGAUACAAGGAGCCGAGCACAGUGGAAGAAUGCGACUCGACGUGGGAAACGGAUUCGGAGAGCGACGAGCAUCAGCGGGGAGGAGAGGAGGUGGACAGCGGCAUCUCCGUGUCCAUGAGCCAAGCGGAAUCAGGCAGAGGAGUCGAACAGCUGGAUCAAGAAUCACCGCAGUUUGGUGACAUACUGGAGUCCUCCACCAGGAUGAAAAGGAGUUUUUAUGCCGCAAAAGACUUGUACAAGUAUCGCCAUUGUUACCCGGUAAACAGUCUUCUCUCUUCAGAUCCAAAGUAUAGAACUCGGAGGCUGGUGAUCUUUGAAGAGAUUGGAUUCUUGGGCUGUAUGCAGAUAAUGAACUACAAGGAGCCUCGUCAGCUGAACGAAUACCCCAAUCUGAGGUUCUAUCUGAAUAAGAUCCCCCUGGUGCCAGACGGUAUUUUUAUUGAAGAAAUCCUCACUAAAUGGAGGGGAGACUAUGAAAAGCUAGAGCACAAUCACACAUAUAUUCAGUGGCUCUUCCCACUCAGAGAACAAGGCCUAAAUUGUUAUGCUCAAGAACUCACUCAGGAUGAGAUAAAGGAAUUCCAAAGCACUCGAGAAGCAACACGACGCUUCCUCCUAGCAUAUACUAUCAUGUUGGAUUUCUUUGGGAUCAAGCUCCUGGAUAAAAACGGGAAUGUAGCUCGGGCCCCAAACUGGCAAGAUCGCUUCCAGCACCUGAAUGAGUCACAGCACAACUACCUGCGGAUAACUCGAAUUCUGAAGAGCCUUGGCGAAUUGGGCUUUGAAAACUUCAAGCUGCCCCUUGUGCAUCUACUACUGGAGGAGGCGCUGGUGGAGGGCAUGUUACCCAACAUGCGUCACAGCGCUCUGGAGUACUUUGUCUACACACUACGCCAGCACGCUCAGAGACGCACACUGCUCCGCUUCUCCCAGCGCCACUACCAGCCACCUGAGAACUUCAUCUGGGGGCCACCCAAGAAGAAACAGAUUCCAGGGGCUUCUGGAUCCAUAGGGACAAAGGCAGGAAAGUCUGAGGCAGUGGAGAGGAGUGCAGGCAAAGCCAGUUCACCUAAGAAGGGCAGGAAUCUUAGUAACUCAGAGAGAGGGGUGGAGGACACGGACGAAAAGAAGAGUGGAGAGUGGAAAACAGCAAAAAGCUCCAAGGUCCUGCAAGAGAGCAGGGGAAGGAUCGAUGUGGAGGAGUACAUUGAGACCAUUCCUCUGUAAGAACAUGGAGAGAGAGGGAUUUUGGGAAUGCAGUUGCUCAGAUUAGCUUAAAAUGUGAUUAAAGGAAUAGUUGAAAUAGUGGAACACAAAAGCAGAUGUAAAGCAGAAUCUUUUCUCCAUGCAAUGAAAGUGAAUGGUGACUGAGUCUGUUUGUCAUUCUGCCUAAUCUCUUUUUGCGUUCCACAGUAGAAACAAAGUCAUACAGGUUUGGAAUGAUAUGAGGGUGAGUAAAUUACAACAAAAUGUUCUUUUGAAGGAACUAUCCCUUUAAAGUUAGUUAAGGGAAUUGGCACAGCAAUAUUAUUCCAUGUCUUGGCCUUUCAAAAAACUUUCUAUGUGAACAACUUGACUUUUUUGCUUUUUUAAGUAUGAGGUGUGUUUUUAUUUCUUACCUCUGAAUAUUUUUCAAAAUGUUAGUUGAUGAAUUUUUCUCUACUGUAGUUCUAAUUUGUUCAAGUUUGCAGCCUUCUGGUGAAUUCUAGCACAUGUACAAGUGUGAGUAUAUACUGUACAAGUGCUACCUGAAAUGAUAACACGCAUGUUUGUUUGUGUGAAUUAUUGCACUUUUGACUAUCCAGUCUUCCUCUGUGAGAAAACAUUAUCCUAGUCUACAGACUUUAAUGCAAGGCUUUAUUUGCUAAUCCAGAGCUGAAAUCUGAAUCUCUCUGACAGAUGUGUCUUCUUUAUAUGUGUUUAGAGCUUGCGGACGUUUCUUAUAACAGACACUUGUAGCUCCUUGUAACUGAUCAUUAUGAUAUAUAGUAAGUGUAAAUAUACUUGCAGGAAUUUUUUUAGGUAUGUUUGUGUGAAAUAGCCACUUCUAUUUUCCAGUACUCUUGAAUACGUCUUGCAAUAUAAAGUGCCUCUUCUUUCAUUUGUUUCAGCAUGUACGUGUGUAUGCUGUCUUUCUCUAAUCAAACUUAUUAAUAGUGUUUGAGUGAGGACAAUCAGGGCUAUUGAUAAUUCCUGUCCACCUAGAAUACACAUAAGUGUUUUUUAGCAGAUAUACUUGUAUGUUAGCCGCAGACAUGCUUCGAUAUUUGGGGUUUGUUUCACACUGCUGUUUCAGAGUGUACCCAGAGGGCUAGCCAACACAUCCAUAACAUAAGUGUGUGUGAGUGUGUGAAUGUUGUCGGCCACAUACACACUGAAAAUUGUUGAGAAUGACAAGCCCUAUUUAGGGGAGUGAGUCCCUCUAAAUUAUCAUUCUGCAUGUGUAUGGAAUCGGAAUACAGGAGUCACUCCUGAAAUUGUGAUGGUUGACAUAGUGAUAACUAUAGCAACAUUUACACUUUGGUUAACAAAUUCAGUUUGGUCCUGUACAUACACACACUUUAUGUAAAUGUGAUUAUCACUAACUGAAUUAUAAUUUAAGUGAAUUUGGUUGUAAAAUGUAAUUGUCACUUCCUUGAAUAACCCAACUUUGUAUGUAGAGAAUAAGAUUAGGCGCUGAAAAAAGAAGUGACAACCGUAUUUCAACCGACGAUCCAGCCUCAAUUCGCAGUAAUAAUACGAGAUGGUGAAAUCAUAAGAAAUUGUAGAGUGGGCUUAUACCAAAAUGUACGACUUUUACUCCCCUAGAGAAAAAUAAAGGAUCCAAUGAACAAUGUUAUUAUGAUUUUUCCUAAGUUUAACUCCUAACCCAAACCUAAACCUAACCAUAAAGUCUAAACCCUUACCCAAACCCUAAACCUAACCAUUAUUUUAAUAGAUAACUUUGAAACGAGACAAGGGAAGCAUAUUACAGGUUAUUGACAUACAUAAGUCAUUUUUAUUGCAUAAAUUAAUUUGGAAUUAGUGACCAAAUUUUAGACAUUUACUUUCUUAAAAUUAAGUGUUGGAUAGGAGGCUAGCGGAAAUUUUAUGCCUUUAUUGUACUGAUUUGAAAUUUAGUUAGUUCACUGGUUGGUCUUAUGGGAAUACAAGUUGUACCUUUUCUUACAAUAUUUUGCAAUUUCGCCAUCUGUAAAUGAGAUUUAGCAGCAGAUUUCACAACAGUUAGUCCAUGCCUUUUUUAGUUUCAAAGGGGAAACCUGCAACCGUAAGAUACAUUUUUGGAAAGUCUUAAUCCCUUUCUUCCUUCAAUUCCCUUUUAUCCCUCUGUCUUUUCUCUGGUCUGGGAGGACAAUAGUGGCUGCUGCAGUUGUGCCUACACCAGGCUCCCCGCAUCAACCCCCACCCCCCCGCACACACAUCUUGUUUUUUUUCUUCAGUCUCUUUCCCUCAGUCAAUAUUUGGGGUGAGCACACUUAUCAGUUUGCUGUCUAAUCCAAUUCGUAGCAUGGGCUUCAUUAAACCCUGACUCUCGGAAUGUGUGAGACUGCUUAAGAAGAAGGACCUCAUGGUUCACAAAAGGAGGUUCAAUAGCUUCCACAAAUGGACAGAUAGUGACUUCUGUCCUGCUGGGAAACAAAUAGCCAUCAAGUCUCUUCCUCUCUUAGCAACCUGCGGUUCUAAAAGACUGUUGAAUUCUCUUCCAUUUGUACGCUCAAGCUAGAAAGACCACAUUUGAAUAUUUCAGUGUUUAUUGUGCCAUAAUUGUGUGGUAACGGUUAAACCAGUCUAAUGUAAGACACAAUGGGUUUUUUAAUAUAUAUGUUACAUAACUUAAUUUACAACUGAUGAUUUGUAUAAGGAAAUUUGACUUAUUUGGAAGUUCUUUACAUUGUGGCCUACAUUAUAAUAAAGUGCAGCUCUUUAAAGAAUGAAUAACUGUUAGUGUGCUAGUGUGACAUUACUGUUAAAGAGAUGAGAUAAAAAAAUGCAUAGCAUUGCCUGGCCAAUAGAAAUAUCUAAACAGAAACUACUCAAAAUUACUCACAAAAAUUUCGAAAUCUUGCCUGAUCUAUUAAUUGUCAAGCCAACAUACUGUUAUUCUACAGACUUGGUUUAUAGUUUGCCCAAAACCCCUAAACUAAGACCAAAAAUUAUGAUUUGUAACUUUUCCAAGAGCUUUCAAUCUACAUUCAUCGAACUCUGCACAGACCUUUUUCAGACUGUUCUGAAUUAGUGUGCUUUGUGUUUUCUAACUGAUUGGACUUACUGUUUUCCUGUACAGAUAAUAAUAAUAAUAUAUUUUUUAAAUCCCAUAGACUUACAUUAACAGAAUAAUCAAAUGGUCCAACUGUCAAAACUCUCACUCUGCACAACACCUUAAACUAGAACAGCCUAAGAACACCUAGUAACGAGCCAAAACACCCAUGUGAUCAAAUGAGGACUGGGACUGCAAUCUCUUCAAUGAAUGUAGUGCUACCUGACUAGGCCUAUCACAUGUACAGUAUAUUUCAGGUUUUUCUCUGUCUCACAGCACUCUUUUAAAAUUGAGGAGCAUAAUCAGUAAAUUGCUCACAAGUUGUUGCUGUUGGCUGCCAUUGGUAAUGGAAUAAAAAAUGUAAUCAUGUAAUCCAUAAAAGUAGUUCUAAUCUGAUUACACAUGGUUUAAAUGUAAUGUGCUUUAAUUUCAUGUAAUUGAUUGUUGUAAUCUGAUAAGUGAUUACACAAUCCAGAUUGCAUGUAAUCCGUUAUCCCUUAACACAGAUCAUUUUACACAUGGAGAUACAUUUUCACUCAUUACUGUUCCUGAUCGUUCCUUUGGCUGUAGAGUUGGCUAUCAGUUUCUUAUUACACCGCUCUAGAACACUUGAUUGUUAUUGGUCUGUCGUGGCAUUCUGCAGUCAAAUAUUGUUGUAUAAUGACCACUAAACUGUAUAAUUGUUCAUUGUCCCAGGCAACCAAUUCCCUAAAUAGUUGUGUUUCUGGUAUCACUCAGUCUCUGUCUUUUUUCAAAUCCAUAUUUAAUGUCCAUUAAUUUAUUUAUUUAGUAAAUAGCUGUUAAACAGUCGGGAUAGUGUGUAGUCAGUCAAUCUUUAUUGCAACAUAAACCCCUUCAGGGUAAUUACCCUGUCUGGGUUUAUUUUUCUGGUGUCCAGCUAAAUGCAUAGUAUCCCUUACCUACGUUAUUUGUCGCAAAACAAUGUUUCAGUUUAAGAAGAUAAAACAACACCGGUUCUCAUCCGAUCAGCCACUGCCACACACUUCGACAUGUCUUUGACCGAAGACAAGUUUGAAUAUCACUCUUUCUCCUCCCAUAAUCCACACUCCACUCUGUCUAGAGAAAUGUAAAAUUGAGAAAUACAGCUAAAAUGCUGAAAAAAAAAAAUCAAAUAAGAUCUAUGCCAUAUGGUCUUUUCAGACAUCUUAGUCCCUGGUGGUUUAAAGAAGAGCGUGCGUGCCGUAAUCGGUGUGAGCAUUGCUGCUGCUUGUCAAACUGUCAGAAAGUGUGACUGGUUUUCCUGACAUACACCUGUGAGUGUGACAUUCCAUGCCAUCUCUUGUCAUAUGCACACCUGUCCCAGCUCUCUUGGUUCGUUCUCUGUGGUUUUGUUCUCCACAGAGCUCAGUGUACCUGUCUGAUGGCUCUUUGACUAUUGACCAACUAUGAUUGGAUACCAGCACAUAAGUGAGCCUUUGGGCUCUAUUUUAAGAUUGCAAGUGCUAAGCGCAGCGCUAUGUCAUAAGCCAUACACACAAAGUCAGUGGACAUUGCCAAGAAGUUUUUAUAUUUUCGUGCAAGCAUGCGCUAAGUCUAGGCGCAAGUGGGUUUGGCGAAAUCACGUGCACAAAGCACUAAUGGGCUGGGUCAAGUGCAAUUUAAUUCUGAGGUUCUUCUCCAGUUAUUGCAGCAUCUGCGUCCUGUUAUGUAGUCCAUUCCCUGUCAAUCACCAGCAAUAUAAACAAAUACAGCACAUUUAUAAGAAGUUGGUAUUGUGACACCUUGUCCUAACCAGAUGCGAUGUGAUAAGAUUCCAGCGACAAGCAAUCUGCCUGUCCACACCAGGCGCAACGUGACACCACGAUAUUCAUACACUAAAAUGUGGAUAAUUGACAAUAAAAUGUAGAAAACAGAGCAAUCACAGAUGGAACAGUAUGUUUAUUGAACGCAACUAAUUUUCUCACGCAAGCGCCAUAACGCUUUCUAUGGUAAGCCCCGAGGGGAUAAAUACACAAUCACACACAUACACAGGAAAAAGUUACUUUAUGAAUCGCAUCCUUAUUCAGUCUAUUACAACUGUUUAUGUUCACUGUUGUUAUUUAGCUGAUUUCCACGUGACAGGGAAGCAGAGAGAAAGUCCGAAUGAGCCGGUAUGUCUCCCCACUGCCAUUCUGAACCGGUGUGUGUGACAGAGCUCCAUCUGAAGAGAUUGAGACCUCAAGCACAACAUUCGAUAGGUGUGUGACAUCCUCGGCCAAAAUCAAGUUGUUCCGAACCAGCUAGUGAGAUGCUGGCUUUAAUAUACCAUAAAAAGAAUAAUUUUAGACCCAUUUGUUGACUGUGCUGCCUGUCGUGACGUCGCAGAAAUAGAUACCAUUUAAAAAAUAGAAAGCCCUGUCGCUGCCGCUUGUCAUGUGUCGCGGCUGGUAAGGACAAAAACUUUGAUGAGCAUGGAAAAGACAUUUUAUCACGUCACGGCAUCACUUCACAUCUGUUUAGGACAAAAGGACUGUAUGCAAUGAAUUAUAUUAAUAGAAAAAGGACUUACACAUUCUUUUGUGUAUUAUCUGCAUCCUUGCUGAAUGCCUGGCAUAUUUCUAUAACAGUGUCAUGCUCCUUUUAUACGUAUGGAAAAUGUGGUUCUUGUCAGAAUUUUUUAUUGUAUACACACUGUUAAAUUAUAGAAAAUGUAAGUAUUAAAUAAAUGUAAGUCAUUGCUAAUAUUAACAGUGAUUGUAUCGGCACGUGCUUCACUUCUGCUGGUCGAUUUUGAUUUUGAACAAAUAAAUUAAUUUAUUGAAACACAAACAUUAUACCAAAAAUAUUUUAAAAUUAAAAUUACACUUCAAAAGAAACAAAAAUAUAAUCAAAAUAACAAAGUGGUCAAAACAAAUCACACCAAAUCCAAACAUUUUACCCUCACCAACUUCUUCCACCGGCCCCUUUUGCAGUGGCUUAAAGGAAUAAUUCACCCAAAAAUGAAAAUUCUUUCAUCUUUCUCACCCUUAUGACAUCACAGAUGUUGUUGACUUUAUUUCAUCUGCUGAACUCAAAUUAAGGUUUUUAGAGGAAUUUCUUAGCCUGGUCCAUACAAUGCAAGUGAAUGGGUGCCAAUAUUUUGAAGCUCAAAAAUCACAUAAGUCAGCAUAAAAGUAAUCCAUAAGACUCCAGUGGUUAAAUCAAUGUCUUCAGAAGCGAUAUGGUAGGUGUAGGUGAGAAACAGAUCACUUUCACAUUCUUCUUCUUGUGUUUUUGGUGAUUGACAUUCUUCAUGCAUAUCGCCUCCUACUGGGCAGGGAGAAGAAUUUCUAGCAAAAAAUGACUUUUUUUUCAACUAAUUGUUGAUCUGUUUCUCACCAACACCUAUCAUUUCACGUCGGAAGAUAUGGAUUUACUUUUAUGAUGCCUUUAUGUGCUUUUUAUAGCUUCAAUAUUUUGGCACCCAAUCACUUGCAUUGUGAGGACAUACAAAGUUGAAAUAUUCUUCUUAAAAUCAUAAUUUGUGUUUGCAGAAGAAAGAAAGUCAUACACAUCUGGGAUAGCAUGAGGGUGAGUAAAUGAUAAGAGAAUUUUCAUUUUUGGAAGAACUAUCCCUUUAAAAAUUACUCUACGACAACAGGUGGAAAAAUAACAAUACAAAUUUGAUUCAAUUGUAAAUAUAAACAUAAUAAUAUUUAAACAAAAUAAAUAAAUAAACCAUGACCUAUAGAUAGUUUAACACAAAUCUAAUACAUUUUUGUUUCAUAAAACGGCGAUUGUCAGAGACAUAAUUUGAUGUUCCACAAUAUUUUCAGAAUUGGGACAUUAACUUUUUCACCACCUGCUGGUGGAAUCUCCAAACUGCAAAUGAAGGAACUGAAUUUAGACACUGCUCAGAAAACAGACCUGCUUUUGAAACAUCUAAGCGCAAUGACCUCAGUAUUUCUCAGGAAAAUAGCAAAUUGUGCUUUGCGCCACUUCAUUAACAUACAGUACACUCACAGUUUACACGCAUACACGCACAGACAGCGCAAACACUCACGGCCACUUAUGCUUUGCACUGGCGAAAAUUGCACUUAGAAUUAGCGCUCUCACAAAAAUUGUAUAAGAUGUAGCGCAUGGUUGUUGUGGGUAGCACUCAUGAAAAUAGAGCUCUUUGUGUUUAAUAUAUACAGUGUGUGUGUAUAUAUAUAUAUAUAUAUAUAUAUAUAUAUAUAUAUAUAUAUAUAUAUAUAUAUUAGAACCUGUUAAUGAGUGCUUUUCACUAAAAGGACCAUAGUAUUACUAUGCUUUUCUGGGAUAUGACACAAUGGUUAUGAAAUGGUAUUCUAUGAAGUGACACUUUGCAUGCCACACUUCAACAUGCCUGAAUGGCAUUGCAUUAGAUAAAGUAACUUUUCUGAGUCUUUUUUUAAUGACUUUUAACCAUCUUUUCAAGGUAAUUUUUAGUGGAUAUAUGAAGUCAUUUCUAGUAUCCACAGUAGUUCAUCACAGUAACUAUGGACAUUUUCCACUAAAGUUUGACAGCAUAAAGUGUCUCGGUUCGGUGUCUUCAUUUUGAAGAUUAUAUCUAUUAUGUCAUAAUUUGUGAAAUAUUUUGCUUGUUGUUCUUGUACUUCUGCUGUCUUCAUUUAAAAUAAAUGGCACUUCAUAAUUUGUUAUCUAAUGCAAUCACAUUUAUACAUUUUUACGUGUAGCUUAAGUAUCCAAAUAAAAAGUAACAACUGUCAUCUGAUACCAUCACUGUACCGUGAUACCGCCACAAUACUUUUUUCUUGUAAGGCUUGCUUGUUUGGUACUUCUAUUUGGAAGUCCAUUUCGUACAGCAUAAAGUUAAUUUUGUUGUCUGAAAUGGAAGGCGUCUUAAUUUUGCAUUUUGCAUAUGGGGACAUUUCUAGUGUCCCCAUAAUUCAAAUUGCUUAAAAAACACACUGAACAAUGUUUUUUUUUUAUUUUUUAUUUUUUAAUGUAAAAAUGUAGAAAGUUUUUUGUGAGGAUUAGGUUUAGGGAUAGGGUUAGUGUUAGGGGAUAGAAUCUACUGUAUAGUUCGUACAGUAUAAAAAUCAUUAUGUCUAUGGAGAGUCCUCAUAAGGAUAGCUGCACCAACAUCAGCCACAGGUCAGGCGAGAGCAGAUCAGUAAGCAUGUUGACUGAAUGACAGAGUCCUACCAUUGACCUAACCCACGCAACUGAGAUUCCAACAGUCAUGUUGCCUUUUUUGCCUUUGCUUAAAUGGGACAGUAGAGGGCUGACAGCAAAGUAGGUGAGAAAGAGGAAUGUGAUCAUGGCAUGACCCUGACUUCAGGUUACCCAGGUUACUGUGACAUUUACAGCUCUUUGUAUGUUGUUAGCAAGAGUGACACACUACCCUCUGUGCCAUGGGUUCAAACAAUUCCCAAUAACCGUUAGUUUAGCUUAGCUUAGUUCUAGAGAGCUUUGUUGUUGUUGUUGUUGUUGUUGACAAAAAUGUGUAACUAUCCUACCAUGAAAUAUGAGUCAAUAUUGUUUUGUCCAAUUUCCCGGUAAAGAAGUUUUAGAUAUAUAGUAUAUAUGUUCAAAUUUUAUUUUUCAUCAACUUUAAGAACUAGCAUUUCAAUGGCCACAAAGAUAGUGGACAUGACCGAAAGACACAAAACUACAAUUUUUAGUUUAUCAGGUCUUUAAAGAGCAUGUUAGUCUAAUCCUGACAAUCACAGUGAGAAGAGGGUAGAAUUUAGGUUAAAAUUAAAAGUGUUUGACCAUUUUUAAACACUUUUUUUUGCCUUCACUAGUUCUUUUUAAAUGGUCCUACAUACAUUUAUUUUUUUUAAUUUUUUUUCAAUCUAUUUUUAAGUUUAGACAUUUCAGUUGUGUAACAAAUGUACAUUAAACUGAACGAAAUACUCUUUAAAUGGUGUACAUAUUAUGAAUUCAGAAUAAUUGUGAAGUAUUUAAUUAAAAUAAAAAUGAACUUUUAACACUUAGUUAACAGUAUAAUUUGGUAAACGGUAAAGCAUUUUAAUUUGGCAUUAAUUGAGCUAAUUUUAUACUUUUAUCUUAUAUGUUAUACUUUUUGAGCAAUUUUUUUUUUUUAUUUAAUUUUUUUUUUACUUCGAACUAGAUUUGUACUCAAUUCAUUUACACACAAAAAAUUAUUCCUAAAAAAAAAAAAAAGAUUUUCACAAAUGGUUUAAAUUAGAUUUAUUUAAAUGAUGUAAAUCUAAUUGAAACCAUUUGUGUAAAUAUUUUUUGUUUGUUUUUUGUUUUGUUUUUUGCCAGGAAUAAUUUUGAGGGAGUGUAAAUUAAUUGAGUAUAAAUAUAGUUUAAAUUAAAAAUAAAAAUUGCUCAAACAGUAUAAGAUAGUUCAAAAAGUAUCAAAUUAGUUCAGUUAAUGCCAAAUCAAAAUGCUUUGCCAUUUACCAAAAUAUACUGUUUAAAACAUAUCAAUUUUGUUAACUAAGUGAACUAGUUGAGUGCAAAUGAAUUGAGUGUGAAUGAAAAUGAAGGUGUGUUAAAUUAAUAAGUUUCCUGUUGUCUCUCAAUUAAUUUGAUGUCAUAACGCUGCUUUGAUACCAGUUAUAAAAGAACUCACAAAAUGCAGUUUAUACCAGUUUUAUAAGGAGUAUAGCAUGUCGACUUCCCAAAAGUAUUUCAUGUCAGCUACUCAUAAACAGCCGCUUACCUCACUUCUUCCGACAAUUCUUCCGGCACCCCACCAACCCCCACACAACUCUAUCAUCAGCUCUCUCUCUAGUUAAAUCACAAUGGAAUUUUGACCUUGAGUUGUGUCUCAUGCUAGAGCCCCUCUAAUAUGAACGUCUAGAAAAAAUUAAGGAACUUUAUACUAAGGAAAUCUGUGUUCCUCUCUUAAGUUUGCUUUUUAGAGAACAUAGUUUUGUGAAAUUCUUUUCCCAACAAAAGUCAAAUGUAUUGAGCUGUUGUAAAUGUAUUGAUUAUGUAAUAAUACCUAGGUAUGGGAUAUACAUUCAUCAUUCUGGCAAUAAAGGGUUGAAGUGCCAACAGGACUGAUGUCACAGGGCUGGUGGCAUUGUAUAUCUAGUACAGAUGGAGUUUUCUGCAGGUCUAUAGGGACUGUUUGUGCUACAGAAUUGUCCAGCUGACAAAAAACAGGCAUGACUUACUUCCACUUUAUUGCUCUCUUUCUGCCUGUCAUCUCUGCUACUUCAGCACCCUAUGGACAGUCAGGGUGUAUAUACAGAGAGGAUUAAAAGACAGGGAGGUAUUUUCUGAGCUUAUGGGAGAGAUCGGAGUGAUUAAUGAGCAUUCAUGCAUGAACGAGUGCCAAUACUUUUUUGAUUACUUCAACAAACAUAUGGCUUAGACAUCUGUUUUAUUAUUAUUAUUAUUAUUAUUAUUCUCACUCCUUUGUUUUAGGUGUGCUUUUAGCUUCUGUUUUGCACAAUUUGCACAAUGCAGUUGCUGUAAUGAUCAGCUCACCAACAUCUGAUUUAAAAUGCAAGGCUCAAAUAGUGUGCUUAUCGAUCAUAUGAUAUACAGUGGCCUCAUUUAAAAUGUCUGUAUAUCUAUGCAUUAGAUAAAAAAUAUAAAACCAAGUGGCAUCUGCAAACAAAUGUUGCCAGACAUUUUCUCAGAACUAACUGCAAUUACUUUAACCAUCUGGUUCCAAGGUGAUUUUUAGAAGAUGUACUGUAUAAAAACAGUUCCUCUCAGGUUCACAUACAGUAUGUGUCACUAACUACAGGUGUAGUUCUUCACAUAUGGAAAUGUUCUGUAAAGUUUGACACCAAGAAAGUGUCUUUUAAGUACUUUAAUUGAUAAUAAAAUUUGUAUUGUGAAAUGUUUUUUUGAUAUGUGCUAUAUUUCUUUUAAACAAAUGCCAAUUGAUUCAAUAUAUAGUAAUAUAAUGCAGUGACAUUCAUGCAUUUUAUGCCAAAUCAAUCACAUAAUCAUGCAUUAAGUGCGGCUUAAAUGUCCAAAUACUUUAUUGGUGUGUUUUCACAUUGUUUCCCCAUUGACGUUAAUUUAUGAAACUCCAGAUGUUGUUUGAGGAAAACUUCUGUUUUGUGUAAAGAGGAAGUGCUGAUAUGGUGUCAUAUCAGUGCGUCUAAUAAAACAGUCAGUACUGUCAACUCAAUUCUCCACUGUGAGCAGCCAUAACGAAUUAGAUGACCUUUCUUCAGCCAUGCCAUGACAAAGAGCAUUCUGCCUUUGUCAGAGAUACAGUUCAGCCGAGAGAGAGAGAGAGAGAGAGAGAGAGAGAGAGAGAGAAGAGAAAGAGAGAGAGAGGCCUACUUUGGCAUUAAAAAAAAUAAUAAAAUAAAAUUAAAAAAAAAUAAGGCUGCAAGAUUUCUAAGUCUUACAUCAUGGUUGAUUCCCUAUUUACACUGAAGUUUGUGCAUUAACCCCUGCCAGCACAAGGCAGGGGUGUGUGUGUUUACAGUAAGAUGUUUAUAUGUGCCAUAUUUAAUCACAUUUGACUAGUUAUUUUCACAUAUUUCCAAGUUUCUUAAUGUAGUUGUUUGUGGAUAAAGUGGCCAUCAUGUUUGUACAUGAUGUAAUAUUGAUCAAAACUGUAUGUAUUUUCAAUGACAGAUCACAAAAUAUUACAAAUAAUAUGAAUGAGAUUGAAGUAUGAUAAAGAUUAUGAUAAAGGUCAUAUGAGCAGGGACCAGGGUCAGAAAUUAAGCACAGUUCCCACUGAAAGUGACAAAAAUACCACAGAUAUUUAAAUUGUGGUGGUAAAAAAAAGUCCUGUAGUGAAUUUUCCUGUUUAAUUUCUUUGUUAUAUUCUAUUUCCUAAUAUUCUAUUCUAGGCCUAUCAGGUUAUGGGGUCAGGUUAUGGGAUUUAAAUUAAUCAAUUAAGGUAAAUUAUUUGACAUAAAUUGGAGACAUGUUGUGUGUUAUAUGUUAGAAAAAAAAAAAACUCAUAAAGGUUAAAAAUAUCUUGAAUAUAAAUACCAGGAGGCAAAUAUUUCCCCUUAAUGGCUGGACAUAUUUUAUAUCAAAUUUUCUACAGGGGUUAUUGUUUUUGUCACAGCUCAGUGUGUUUGUUACUGCUGUACUGUGUAUUGUUGAAAUAAAAUGAAUGUUUAAGUUUUUUUUCUCUGAAAAAAAUAAAAAAUAAAAAAACAAUUGUUUCAGUUCCUUGUGUGGUCAAGAAUGUUAACAUCCCUCGAAACUGAACUACAUACUAUUAUAAUGACUAAACCUAAAUGCAGAGUUUCCACUGACUGGUAUCAUGUUUUUGAGUUAAUAAGGAAAUGUUUCGGUUAAAAACGAUGCAGCUGACCAGAUAAUAACCCACAAUGCAACAAUAAUAAAGUCUCAGAAUCAAAAAGUAGGAUAUAUAUGGUUUAUUAAGCAAAAAGUUCUUAAAAAAAAGGAACAACAUUCAUAGUACACCAAAUGGAUAUUCAGUGAUUACAAUUAAUUGUUUAAUAUGACAGAGCCAUUAUUACUUUUCUCAUAACACAGGCUACAUACCAAAUUCGCUUGCCUCAUCUUCUGGUUCCAGUGCCACCUAUUGUGAGAAAUCACUGUGAGAUCCUUGUUUGAAACAUUUUAGUUUGUGUACAUUCCAUUCAUUUAAUAGUUCUCCACAAAUUGGAUGAAAAGAGUUCUGGCACAAAUGAAUCGUACAGAAUGAGAGUCAUUUAAAAGAGGACUGCAAAAAGGGAAAAUUGAAACUAACAUUGAAUGCUAUCUUUGUUGUCAUACUUCAGUUUUUCAACUUGUCCAGUUCACAGGAAAUGUUUGAUCACAUGUUAUCAUUAGGUCUUAAAUAUUCCUAUCAGGUUUUUACUCCUUAGUGUGAAAUGUACGAAAAUGCUUUGCGGGCUAAAUGGUGUCACUUUGGUUUUGAUGGCUAUUUUGGAAACUUGGGACAAAGUAGAAGAUUCCUUAGAAUUUAGGAGUGGCUCAUUGUAGAUUAUACAUCAUUUGUACUGGUGCUCCAAUCUGCUUGGACAAGCGGCAUUCCAAGAGUGCUGAUUAGUGGAGCAAAAAUAGACAAAAUAUCCUAUAGACCUUAUUCACGCUAGCGGCAUCUUUGAUUUUUAAUGGGAAUGAAAACGAGGCGGUGAAGGACAGACUUACCAUCUCUUCGAUGGAACGAACGGUAUAAAGCUAUAUAAAGCUCCUAGAUCACAUCUGAUUUUCCACAACUUAUGUCAUCUAGAGUUCUUUGUAUUGCCUUCUUCUGAAUGUUCUUGGACAGAUAUUUUUAUCAAAGUUUUGUCCACAGAAUGAUCCAAAACACUUUAAACUCAGUACAACCCAUUGAAGAAACUGUAAGUCUAUCCCUCACAGCCUCAUUGUCAUUCCCAUUAAAAAUUAAAGAUGGUGCCAGCGUGAAUAAGGUCUAUUGUUUCUAAAAUGCAUUUUGGUCUUUUCUCUUUCAAAGCUGAACCUGAAGCCUUAUCAACAAUAUUCUCAGCGAGUCCACUGUAUUUCACAAGGUGGGCGGAAUUUCCGGUUGGUAAGCGGAAGUGCGUUUUGUGUGUAGCCGGUCACUGUUUGCUUGCGUGUCAUGCUGUUAGAUUCUUGCUUUUUAAAUGUUGUAAGAUGUCUUUAAAAUUUCCUGAACAAUGUGUGCAGUUAAUGGUUAUCCUAAUAAUCAAGCGAAACUAAAGUUUUAUCUAAAACAGCAAUGUUAUGAUCAGAAACCACUUGUAAAGCACAGCGCUCCAGUCCCAGAUGCUGCUUCUUCCAUCGGCUGCCUACAGAAGGAUUGAGUUAGGUGUAUCUGUUUGAAAAAGCUUUGGAAUCAUUUGUUUGUAUGCUAUUUUUCAGAAAUGGAGCGCAAUGAAUUACAAUUAACGAUAACAUUUUUGUGCCAACUAGUGUUUGUACAUGUGCUGAAAGUUCAUUAGAAAGUAUGAGAGUUCAUUUCUAUUUAGCAUCUUUUUUUUUUUUUUUGGUGAAUGCUUCACGUUUUGAAAUGGCAUUAUUACUGAGUAUAAAAAGGAACAGUGUUUUACCUGAACUGUCUGUGAGAAGUGAUGAUGUUUUCAACUGUUUUCAUGCUUUGAUCCUAAAUGGAUAAAUUCUACAGUGGAAGACCAUAGUUAAUAGAUGAGACAUGUACAGUAGUGAGAUGUUGUAUCAUAUGUGAAAUUAACUGUAUUCUGAUUUUCCUUUCUUUUGAGUGUCUUUGCAGAAUGUGCAUGUCUUCCUUAAGGGGAAAAGGUGAUUUGGAAAACAGCGUGGACAUUAAUUCAGUAUAAAUUAGAUUUAUUUGUACAGCUAGUGGUUUUAAUAAUACAUACUACUGUUUUAUAUUUGCUUUACAGAGAACAUUGAACUUUUGUGUACAAUGUAUAUCCAAAUAAAUAUGUUUAUAGUUAUUUUUGUAUGGUACAGUUUAUUGUGUGGCUGCUAAUACAGCGUUAUUUCCUACACAUUCAAUUUAUCAACAGGAUCAGUUGUUCAGUCAACACUAAAACAUUUCAUGUAGGUUAUAGCAUUUAGAUACAGAGAUUAUGUAUGUAAACUAACAAUAAUAAAGCUAGACUGAGCUUACUACACAUUCAUCUCCCACAAAAUAAUUUAAUUUUAUCUGAAAAACGGCUGCAUGACAGUAUCAUUAUCUGAGUCCUGCAAUACACAAGCAUCCUGCUGUCUGGACCUCCCCUGUAUCUGCAAUAAGUAUAUCUCGGUACAACAAACUUUUCAGGUUCUGAAUAGAUUCAAUAUAUGCUUUAAAAUAAACACAAUUAUCUACAGGUCUCAAAACAUGUCCAACAGUACAGCUGUGAAGGUGCUAAUAGGCUAUAUAGCUUUUCAGGUUAGUCUGAUCAAGUUGUUCCAUCAAUGGAUAAAGACUCAACAAAAUAACUAAAAUGCUUCUAUUUGUGCUAUUUGGCCAUCAUCCUCAAACCCCUAAUCAUUCAUAUAUAGGUGGGGAAGAAAAAUAUCGCCUCGCUAUAAUUCUGUGAUCUUUGUUCUGAAGUUUCUGUCAUUUUUAAUGCUGCCUUAGUACAUAACAUAGCAACUGUUUACGCUUAACCGGAAGUUUCGCCCACAUAGCCUGCAAAGCAUCAUGGGACGAUUGUGGACAGGCAUUUGCCAGGCAUUUCCUGGAGACAGUCUCCCACCUAGUGGCUGUUCUGGAGAGAUGCCUAUGCUAUAACAUCAUCAAGCAAAAGUGGACAAAGGUAAUUGGAGUAGGAGAGAAUGGAAGCCAAACAGGGUUAGGCAUGUACAUAAAAUACCAGGGUAGAACUGUGUGUUGUGUGUGCAUAUAUACAUGUAGUUGGGUUUAACAUUCAUGAGAGCAGUCCUAGACCCUAUUUGUCUAAGGAAGCAAGAGGAAAGACGCCCAUCGGAAGGGUGCCUCUCUCUGUUCCUUAGCGGGUAUAAAUAGUCACUUCCUCUCAGGCAAUUCCAUCGCCAGCUCUGUCUGGGUGGGUGGGGUGAUUGUAGUCGGACAGAGUUGUCCCACCCUGUGGGGUCAGAGAGCUUCAAAGAGGGGUGCAGUUAAGUCUGAAAGAGCUUAAUGACAGGCUACUUACCCUCAGAGCCCUUCACAAUGCUCACAAUGGAGUUCACUUCCUGUGUGCAUUACAGACCUCCCAUAUCCACUUCAAAAUACCACUGAUCUACCCACAAAGUCAUAGAAGAAGCCUUCUUUUAUCCUUUGGCUUGUACAUACUGUAUCCUUUACCUAGGUUCAUAUAUAAUGUGGUGCUUGUCUGUGCACAACUCGAUGCCAUAUUGUUGGGGUGCUGUUGCAACAUUAAGCCUCAUCACUUAGGAAAGUACUACUACACCUCUCCUCAACAACCCGCAUGGUUUGUGGUAUCAUUCAUAUUCAUAGCAGAAAUGAAGCUUAAUAAGAUUUAAGUUUAGUUGAAUACAAUUUCAACUAGCCACUAACCCUAAGUAUUAGCAAUGGUAAAGUGAACUUCAUUAGUGCACUAGGGUUAUGGGCAGAUUGCAGAUUCCCCAGUGAAGUUAAUGUGAAAUCUACCUUAUAAUAUACCUCCAGUAUAUUGUUCUAUAAAGUUUCCUGCAACUCAAAAGAGUGAUGCAGAUCUGGAUGACUGUUCUAAGUAAGCCCUCUUUUCUCCAUAUAGUACAGCCAUAGUGAUCUCUGUCUUGUUGUAGCGUUCCUGAGUCAGAGAGCGCAAACAUCCCACUCCCGGCCUCAGGCAGUUCUCCAGCUGAGAGUGUAGGAUGUUUACACUCCCUGAUACUCACAGGGUUUUCAAGCCAGGCUGGGUUGGAAAGAUCUGGCCAUGGCUCAAUGGGAAAGAAUUUCUCACCUGAAUAUCCAGUUUCGAUUAAUGCAUAUCCAAAAAUUAGGUCAGGUUCUGUGAAUUACAGUGUGGCAGUGUGUUCACAGACAGUAAUAACAGCAAGAAGACCGGCCUCCAACCCUGGUGCAUAUUAGAGUUGUGUUACAGACCCCAUGAAAUCAAAAUGAGAGUUUUGAGGCUUUUAGUCCAUGUCUGUUAGCUUUUAGUUCAUCUAUAUAAUAGUGUUUUCCAAAAGCUGAUAAAAUUAACUUUUAGAACUUAUUUACACUUACAAAUUCUUAUGAGAAAAUUUACCAAAAAUAUGUAUGACUCAUUUUGCACUCACCAGCAUAUCCAAAUUUUUGUCAAAUAGAAUACUCUGUAUAAUGAGCAUCUCUACUUCUUUUAAUACCACCUACUUCUAACUAGCAAUAUCAAGAAACAAAUCAUUGUUUGUCUGUGUCUUUGUUAGCGCUAAAUUUAAGGCCAUUGGUGGUUCAACAUGACCACAUGGAAACUCGACAUUGCUACCGAAUGUUCCGGUACCCUGACAUCGACCCCAUACUAAAGAGUUACUGAUAAGCGUCAUGUUCCAUCAAACACCUUUGCAUCCAUUCAAAUGUGUUUACAUUUUUCUGUGUCGCUACUUAUAUUGUGUUUGCCUGAGCAGCCUCAGAGAGAGAGGUUCUGGAUCCAUGAAAACCAGGAAGUAAUCGUGUUUACAUAAUCAAUCAUAAGCAUGAUUCAGAGGUUGCAUUUUCCCUCUAAGAUUACAUUUUUGUUCCACUGAUGGUUAGGUUUAGGGCUGGGGUUAGGGUAAGGGGGUAUGGUUGAUAAAAUAUGCAUUCCCCUUGACUGUAUGACAUCAUUUACAACGACGGAUUUCAGCAGAACAACUUUCGACUGUCGCAGAAUUCACAAAGUUAUAAACCUGGGCUGUUUAAAAAAAAAAAAGAAUAAGCCCUUUGAUAUGUCCCACCACAACUUUCUGUAUCAAUAGGAAAUACAUCAACACAGGAACGAAAACUGCCCUAGUAAAGCAAGAAAACCACUUUACUGCGAUAUUCAUAGAAUAUUAGAAAACAUUAAUCAAGAGAAGUCGAUCACGAAGACUACAUCACCAUUGUGCCUUUCAGUAAUCUGGUCAUGCUGGUCAUUAGUCUUUCAGAUAAUAUGUCCACUCUAUUAAUAGAGGCACAUUCCUCACUGUGCUGCCUACUGGCUGGUGCUGCUCUCUGGGGGUAGAAGGACUGCAAGGAGAGUUUAUUUGUGUGAGUAAAUAGAAGGCCAAGGGUCUAGAGCCGAUGUCCUAUGGGACAGUGGAGAGGCAGAGACACUGGACGCUCCCACGGACCAGCGUCAUCUGAGGAGCCUCUGCAGCACUCUUGGCCACUGUCCAGGAUUGCUAGCCCACCCUCUUAAAGCAGCAACCCCUCCUUCCUCCUGAGGAUGUGGCCGCUCCCAGCCCCUGCGAACUGGCUUGAAUGGGAGCUUUUCACAUUCUGCAGUUGCCUUUCCUCUUAUUGGACAAGAGGGCUCUCUCUUUCUGCCCCCUCUCUCUGUGUCUUUGCUGAAUCUGCUGGGAAAAGUCAUCAUACUUGGUGCCAGCCUGUGGGCAUAGAGAUGGGUGGAGGACAAGAAACAGACAGAGAGAAAGAGUGAUUGAGUUUACGAGGAAGGGGAACAAGAAGGGACAGAAUGAUUAAACUGGUGGGGCUGGAAAAAGACAGAAGAAACAUAGUAUAAAAGUCUAGGGCUUAGUGAAUGCAGGGCAAGCACAAGAUACUGAAAAAUCACAACAUAUACAUUACUACAAUUAUUUAUAAUUGGGCAAAUGUUCUACUGUUCCUAUGUUUUUAGUAACAUAGAAGCCCAGGCAUUAAACAAUUGUUUUUCUUACAAAUAUUUACAUUCUUAAAUUUCAUCCAUUUACCUGAAAAUGGAAAUUAUGCCAUUAUUUACUCACCAGUUGUUUCAAACCUGUAUUGCUUUUUGUCCAUGGAACACAAAAGGAGGCAGAAUGUCCCCAUUGACUAUCAUUGUAUGGAAAAAGAGCAAUUUCUACCCAGCAUUUAAAUUGCAAACAUCAGCUGAUAAAAUUGUUCUUGUCAGCUUAUUUAACAAUACAUUAAUUUUUAUCAUUAGCCCAUUCUUCAUGAAGUAACAGAUGCUUCCUACUAUGUGAACAUUCAAUCAGUACACUUAAGUAAAAUGAAUAAUCAGCAAACACAAUAUAGCCUAAACAUUGUUUUAGGUCAGUAGCUAAAAAGAAGGAGAGGAUCAAAAGUCCCUGCUAGCACAGAGAUUUUAUUUAUUUAUUUAUUUUUUUGUGGAUUUAAAUCACACUAAAAACGUCCCUGAGGACUGUCUCACCUCUAGGACAGGGUGUCUGCAGGGUCAAGCUAAGAGAGCUGUCCAGAGUACUGAAACCGGGUGUUCAUUAAAACUGUCACUCAGAUUUAGCGAUAACAAAUACCAAAAAAAAAAAAAAAAACCCUAAAAA